AUGACAAUAGACGACGACAUGUACGGCACCGAGAAGAGUUUUGGGAGAGCCUCGCAAGGGUCCGACUACUAUGGCGAAUCAUCACGGUACCAGGACGGACUGGGGAGGAGGGUUAUCGAGAGCUUCAAACGGGACCCGAAUUUUGCCAUGACCAUGACGCCAAAGGGAAGCUUAGGGGCCGACGGGAACGUCUUCGAUCCAGAGGCGGCAGCGGCAAAUACUGCAAACUCACCACUUGCGCGGAGACUAAAAGGUCGCCAUUUGCAGAUGAUAGCAAUUGGAGGUUCCAUAGGUACCGGUCUAUUCGUCGGCUCAGGGCAAGCACUAGCAAACGGUGGUCCAGCAUCGCUCGUCAUCUGUUACUGCCUUUUCUACGUUUCAGUCGCUCCAAUCGACAUGGCCGUCCUGUCGACAUCGCAACGUCUGCAACGCUUCUUUAGCGUCUACCUCGCACUACCAGUUACACUGGCCUUUUAUUUCCCCUACAAGUUCUGGUUCCGCACGUCGGUCGUGCGUUCGCACAACAUGGAUCUCGUCACCGGCAUCCGUGAGCUAAACAUUCAAGCGCUGAUCGAAGAGGAGCGCGAGGAGAAGAAGAAGUGGCCGAGGUGGAAGAAGGUGUACAAAUUCUUUUGCUGA